AUGGAUCUUCUUGGCGGUAUUGCACCAAUUCAUAAAGAAGAUCGCCACUCAGUAGUAUCCCCACUAGCGGAAAAGCCUUCCCCAGUACCAUUAUACCUCACUCCUACUGCAGCGUCAUCCAGCAGAACUGUAGUAGCUCCUACACCACACACAUCGCCACUCCAGUUAACCACCAAACCCUUGCUGAGUGAAUCAACAGACACUAGUCCUACAGCCAGACCUAGUUUCCUCUCAGGAAGUUUUGACUCACCUGAACCAGUCCACUCACCCAUCCCAGUCGAGGAACAGCAUCCAGUUCCUAUGGAACCCAAAUCAGAACCACCUAAAUCUCCAGUCAAUUCCAAUCCGGAAGAAGGUCCUUCUGACCAACACCCAAACAACCCAGAAGAUGGUGAUUCAGAACCCAGCGAUCAGGAAGAAGAAGGAGAUAUAUCAGAUAACAACAGUGGAGCGGUAAACAAACCCAACCAGUUUGAAGGAGACAAAGGAAAAAGCAAGGAAUUCCUGGACGAAUUAUACCUGUACUUUGCUGGAAAUACCAAGAAGAUCCAGACUGACAAAGAUAAGGUUUAA